UGACUCACAGGCUUUGACACUAGCCAGAUGGCUGCGAUUGGUAGGCGCACAGGCUGCCUGGUACUGCAGUUGAUGAAACAGAAUAGGAAGACGUUUUAUGAUCAGCUGCGGGAGCACAAUAAGACUGCAGCUUUGCUAGCUCUUGCCCCUGUUCUUUGCCUCUGGUUUUGUUGGUGAGGAUAUCACAGUGAUGUCUGCAUUCAACCUGCUGCAUUUGGUGACAAAGAGCCAGCCAGUGGCCCUGCGAGCCUGUGGGCUUCCCUCAGGGUCAUGUAGGGAUAAAAAGGACUGUAAGGUGGUCUUUUCCCAGCAGGACCUGAGGAAGCGGCUGACACCCUUGCAGUACCAUGUCACUCAGGAGAAAGGGACUGAAAGUGCCUUUGAAGGAGAAUAUACACAUCAUAAAGCUCACGGGAUAUACAAGUGUGUUGUCUGUGGAACUCCAUUAUUCAAGUCAGACACAAAGUUUGAUUCCAAUUCAGGUUGGCCUUCAUUCUUCGAUGUGAUCAGUCCUGAUGCAAUUACUUUCACUGAUGACUUCUCCUAUGGGAUGCACAGGGUUGAAACAUCCUGUAAUCAGUGCGGUGCUCAUCUGGGGCAUAUCUUUGAUGAUGGGCCUCGACCAACUGGCAAAAGAUAUUGCAUAAACUCUGCUUCAUUGUCUUUCGAGUCUGUGGACAAGAACAAUGCUGGAGAAGGCAGCAGUAGCACCAGUCCUGCUCAAACAGAGAAAAGCGAGCUGUAGGACAGAGGGCAAUCUGUAGAAAACUGUUCUUAUCCCACAUGGCUUAUGAAGAAUGUUUUUCCUGAAUUGCCAGCUAUGUUAUAUCAUAAUAAUUUUUAAAUGUGUUACACUGGUCUGCACUAUCUAUUUUUUUUCUUUCUUUGUUGAAACUGAGGCCUUGCCUGCCAAUCUGCUUUACUGUAUAAUGGAUCUAAAUAUUUGUUGACUGCCUUGGUUUUCGGGGGGGAUUGCUUUGGGGAAUCCUUAAAAUAAGAGGCUUUGACAUCAUUUGUUUUUAGUUUCUUCUUGUUGUUUUGUUAUUGUAGAUCUGAACUAUUUUCCUUUUUGUUAGGGAGAAGGGAGUUGUGGUUAUCUUCAGUCAAUAGGAAACUCUUGAGCAUAAUAAAGGGUGUCUCUAUAUGUGCAAAAAGGCUGCUUCAACAUGCUGUAAUUAUGUGUUGGAGCAGACUCAAUUAAUCAAGUCUGCUGGAGCAUGGGAAUUACUGCGCUCCAGCAGACUCCAGUGUCACAUAUAUUAGUAUCCCUGCACUGAAAAAU